AUGAAGGAAAAAAUGAACAAAAAGAAAGUAAUGGCCAUACACUACACCGAAGUCGAAAAAGUAGACAGGGUUCCAACAGGAAAGAGGAGGGAGAGGCAGAUGUCAUCAGCAGAGGCCCAGAAGCCAAUGCGAACAGCCAAGCACCCUCUCAAUCCCGCUCGCGUACCCGGAGACAGAUGGAGCGGCGGACUCGGAGCAACCGAAUUGGCGAUCCGGAAGAACGCAGUCUUUUGGUCGCUCGGUAUCGCAUCCAAGUCUGCCAGACUGGCGCACGGGGCCAGACUGGCGCAUCUGGCAGACUUUGAUGGGGUACCGAGCGACCAAAGCUCUCCCUCCGGUCCCCAAUCCGGUCCCGACAUUAGAUCAGAACUCUGA